AUGCCCGGUAUAAUGAGUCCUCCUAUAUUGCUCUGCUUUGCAAUCAUCGGCAUGGCAGUUUCCGUGGCUGCCGAAUCCACGACAUCGUCAGAUCACAACCGAUCAGAGAAUGUUAUCGGUAACUACUACAACCACUGGAUCUAUUCCGAUGGUGUUUACGACCUUACGAGAUCCGAUGUCAUGAAUGUGACGGAACCCAAGCGACUCACCAACAUGCUGGGAUCUCGCAAGACGGCUAUUAUAGAGCCAUCAAGAACCGCGCUGGUGAUGAUCGAUAUGCAGAGUGACCGGUUCAGUCCUGAGGAGUGGCGUUUCGGGUAG